CCCCUCAUUUGUUCUUCUCUCGGUUACCGAGGGGAACAAAGCAAAGAGAAGGAAUAGAGAGAGAGAGAGAGAGAGGUGUGUGAAGAAGCAAAGAGGAGAUUAGCUGGUCGGACUUUCAAUCUAGGAACCUCCGCAUGCUCUCCUUACGAUCCCUCCAGCAUUCCUUCAUGUGAUCAGCUCCCUCCGAUUCGUCUCCCUGUUUCCUGUAGGUAAUUGAGAUCUAUUCAGAUGCAGACCCAGCCUGGAAAACCCAACCUUAAGUUCAUUUUCAAAUUAAAAAAGAAAGAGGAAGAGCUAGGAUCUUCAGAUUCACCAGAUCAUGCGGAUUGCUCUGUUCCAGAAACUAUAGAUACUUCGCCUCGGAAGGAGGAUGUUGAAUCUCAGGAGAAAGAGGACGAGGCGGACCAAUCAAAUGACGACUCUACAAAACAGUUGGUCGUUUAUGACCCUGCUGCGAAUGGUCAAGGUGAAAUUGUACCUAUGCCCGAUCCCAUUCAGUCCCGUUGCCCUUCGUUUUUGAGAUCCCCUGGCCCAAAUCAACCUUCCAAAAUCUCACCAUCUGUGGGAGCAUUUACCGUCCAGUGUGCUAAGUGCUUUAAAUGGAGGCUUAUACCCACUAAAGAGAAGUAUGAAGAAAUUCGCGAGCAUAUCCUAGAAGAUCCUUUCUACUGUGAAACAGCCCGUGAGUGGCGCCCAGAUAUUUCAUGUGAUGAUCCUGAGGACAUAUCUCAAGAUGGUAGCCGACUUUGGGCAAUUGAUAAGCCUAACAUUGCCCAACCUCCUCCUGGGUGGCAGCGGUUGCUACAUAUCAGAGGCGAAGGAAGCACCAAGUUUGCAGAUGUGUAUUAUGUGGCACCAUCUGGGAAGAGGCUCCGUUCAAUGGUCGAGGUACAAAAGUACUUACUGGACCACCCAGAGUUUACAAGAGAUGGAGUGACUCUUUCCCAAUUUUCUUUUCAAAUUCCUAGGCCUUUGCAUGACAAUUAUGUCAGGAAGCGUCCUGCACGCACUCCUGCCCCUUGUGAUGGUGGUGGGCUUCUUGAACCUGGUGAAGCGAGACCACUGGCAUGGGCGGGGCCUGAUGACUUAACGGAGUUGCAUAUGAAAAUGCCGGGUUUCCCAUCUCCUCGUUCGGAGACAUCUGAUCUUGAUCUGGUUCCACCCUCGGCGAAGAAGCGCUCGAAGAAAGCACUGAACAAACAGAUGUACAGCAGUAAACCGGUGAACAAUCAGCACGAUUUUGGCGUGGAGGAUCCUAGUCAAUGCAGAAGUAGCAAUUAUGAGAUAUGAUGCCCUUUAGUCAUGUUUGUAUUUUGUCCAACUAUAGGAAGAAAAAGGUGGGUGUUUUCCAGGUAACUUUCUGAAAGAUGGGUGAUCUUGAUCGUUGGGUAGGGGGAUGUUGUAUCUUUUUGUCUGGGGUAAUUGACAUCUAUCUAUCUAUCCAUCUAUCCAUCUAUCUAUCUAUGGAUCGAGUUAAAUGUACCUAUGUAUUAGUUCAUAUCAGAAACAAAGAUUUCCUGGACAGUUGUAUUUUUCUGAGGCCAUCCCUAGACACUGCAUGAGCUUGGGCAGGCAUGUGCCUGAGACUGUACCGCAGGUGUAUCACGGAGAUCCUGCCUCAUAUACAUUUAUUUAUUUGUUUUUUUUU